AUGAACACGACAGGAUUCACAGAAAAUGAAGUAUUAACUCUAAUCAUUGGACAGCUUGUGGCAUAUGGAUACUCAGCUGUCGCGCAAAGUGUGGCCGAUGCCACAGGAGCAACCACGAAUCUGAUGCCAAGUUUCAAACUUGUCGAAAUGCUACAAAUUGCUAAAGAUGCAGUUGGUGAUUUGGAAAGUGAGGAGGAGUUCUCGACCAAGAGUAUGGAUCGUGACAGUUCUACAGCAGCCGAGGAAACGACGCAGACCACACCUUAUCUGUCUGGAUUUGAUAUAGAGUCAAUGAAAAACGCACAACCCAAACAAGAACCAGAAUUCACACAGACUUAUUACACACAGCACAAGGGACCUUGCCGCAUCGCCAGCUUCAGCCAUGACGGGCGAUUUGCAGCGACUGGAUCGCAUGAUACUUCCCUUAAAUUGUUAGAUGUAACUAAAAUGCAGAAUAGAACAGGCGAUUCGGGUGAUAAACCCGUCGUCCGAACCUUAUAUGAUCAUACAGAUGCAGUAAACGAUCUAAGUUUUCAUCCAAAUGGUAUUGUACUAGCAAGCUGUUCAAACGAUCAAAGCAUCAAAUUAUUUGACUUGUCCAAAUCGGGUGUGAAAAGAGCAUUUAGAUAUCUUCAGGACGCUUCUCCUGUCAAUUCGAUCAGCUUUCAUCCUUCAGGUGACUUUUUGUUAGCAGGCACAAAGGAUUCAGCUGUUCGUAUCUAUGAUGUACGAACACUUCAAUGCUAUACGAACUCUAGUGCAGCAAACGUGCAUCAAGGAUCCAUUUCACAAAUUCGUUAUUCCAAGACAGGAAAGAUCUUUGCUACCUCCUCCUUGGACGGAACAGUCCGUAUCUGGGACAGUGUCUCGUCACAAUGCAUCAAAGUAUUUGAGAAUGCACACAGUGGAGCUGCUGUAUCGAGUGUUCGAUUAACCAAGAAUGAAAAAUACGUCUUGACUGCAGGUUUGGAUUCCACCAUGCGUCUCUGGGAUAUUUCGAGUGGAAACAUGUUGAUGGAGUAUAAGGGACAUGAACACCGAGCACAUAUGCUACAGCCUACAUUUUCAUUCAAUGAAGGGUUCGUCUUGAUCGGUGAUGAAUUGUCAACAGAUGUAUUCUGUUGGGAUACGCAAACAGGUGCUCUAGUGAAAAGAAUCCCAGGACAUAAUAAUCUCGUACGAUGUGUGGCUGCUUCACCAAAUGAUUAUGGUAUCAUCACUUGCAGUGAGGACUAUCGUGCACGUUACUACAGCGCAGUUUAA